AUGCACGUCAGCUGCAAGAGCGGCUCCUCGAACCCUUGGAUCUCAAUACGCUCUUGGGAUCCGCGUUUUGACACGUACGAGCUUGCUUCCCCCUUCGUAUUUGCGCAUACUAAUCAGGAUAGACCGGUUCUCGAAAAGGGAGGAUUACUUGCAGCAAUCGAAGAAGGUGGUCCCGUUCUCAACUGGCCUCUUGCUGAUAAUGAGAUUAUGGAAGCGAAGCCAAUGCUGUCGACAAAUCCCCGCAAAAGCACCGCAGAGUCUUUACGAAGUGGUUCUGGUCCAGCGACCGCAACAGGGUCGAAAGUUGGGAAGAAUUCAACGCAUUUACCCUCCUUCCUUCGCCCUAAAAACGACGACUUCUUCCGAGGCCCUCCUACAAUUCUGAGACUAAUUUCCUACCUCUUAAAGCCCAUAGUCAUAGUGGCGAAUGAUGACAUUGGCGAGGCAGCUGGUGGCCAAGCUGAGGCCGAGGUCGACCAGCAAGCUAUGGGUGUUGUCUCCCCCCUGUCCUCGCUGGGCCGAGUACGGACCAAGGUUCUUAGGUACUUUUGA